GGUGAGGCCAAGAGUCGCUUUCGUCGCGCUGUCUCUCUCGCACUCGCAGGACGUGCCGUCUAGGUGCGAGAGAGACAAAGGCCUUCUUGUUCUCCGCAGCCGCCAACGCGGGCACCAUGGUGGGGCUGGCCUUGGGGUGGAGCGCGGCCGCCCUGGAGGUGCUGCACGGCGCGCAGGGCUUCCCCGUCACGCUGGAGCAGUGGUCCUGGGUGUCCUCGCUCAUGCCCAUCGGGGCCGCCGUCGGCGCCAUGCCCGCCGGCAGGCUGGUGCAGUCCCUGGGCAGGAAGGCCGUCAUCCUGGGCCUGGGGCCCGUCACCCUGGCCGCCUGGCUGCUGCACCUCUGGGCCUCGUCGGUGUGGAUGCUGUACGCGGGCAGGCUGCUGCUGGGCGCCGCCGUCGGGGCCGCCAUCGUGGCCGCCCCCAUCUUCGUGGCCGAGAUGGCGCAGCCCGCCAUCCGCGGCGCCCUCAGCACCUACUUCCAGAUCCUGCUGUGCGUCGGCAUCCUGGCCGUGUACGCCUGCGGCAAGUUUCUGCCGAUAUGGUGGCUGAACGUGUGCUGCCUUUCCACCUCCGUGCUGCACGUGCUGGGCUUCGCCUGGUUCCCGGACACGCCGCGCUGGUACCUGCUGCGCGGCCGCCCCGAGGACGCCAGGAAGGCCAUGCUCUUCUACCGCGGCCCGCACUACGACGUGGACGCCGAGCUCCAGCAGGUCCGUGAGGGCAUCAAAGCCUCGGCCAGGCCGGCCAAAACGCCCAACGGCCGGCCCCGCUGGGAUUCGAACCUCAACCACCCGUCGUCCGGGUCGGAGAGCGAGCCGCUCCUCGGCCUGAAGGGCGAGAGCCCGGCCCGGGACGGUUGGCGGGCCCUGGCCUCCCCCAUCGCCAGGAAGACGAUGGGCAUCUGCCUCGUACUCGUCGUGCUGCAGCAGAUCACCGGCGUCAACGCCAUCACCUUCUACACCACGCAGUUGUUCCAGGGGGUCGGCGGCUUGGACGCCUACUCGGCCAGCAUCGUGGUGGCGAGCGUGGAGGUGGUGGCCACGCUCGUGUCCAUGUACCUGGUGGACCGCGUCGGCCGGCGCGUGCUGCUGCUCGUCACGGGGGCCUUCAUGGCGGCCUGCACGGGGCUGCUGGGGCUCUUCUUCUACCUGCAGGAGGGCCUGCACCGCGACAUGGCCGCCGUCUCCUGGACGCCGGUGAUCCUCGUCAGCGUCUACAUGUUCAUGUUCGCCUGCGGCUGGGGCCCCGUCACGUGGGUGUUCGUCGGCGAGGUGUUCCCGGACAACGUCAAGGGCCUGGCCACGGGGCUGUCCAGCACCACGGUGUGGCUCUUCGCCUUCCUCGUCACCAAGUUCUACCCCGGCCUGGCCCUCGCGCUGGGCAACUUCGCCUGCUACUGGGCCUUCUUCGCGCUCUGCGUGGCCGCCUGCCUCUUCGUCGCCCUGGUCAUGCCGGAGACCAAGGGCAAGUCCUUGGACGAAAUCCAGGCACUUCUCUGACCGUCUGCCGUUCUGUUUGUUGUUAUUCAAGUUAUCUGUGAUUAAAAUGCAAGCCGUCC